CAUUUUGUUUCUGUGACGUGUUUCGCCCUUUGGGUAGCGCGAGAAAUAGCAGCAGGAAAAGUAGAAGAAAUGCGGGGUGAAUUAUGGAAUCGAAAAUAAACAAUUUCUUAGCACAAGAAAGAAUGUUUAGUGGGAAUAGACAAGGAAUAAUGGACGAGAACAAUUUCAAUAACCAGAGAGGGUUCCAGCAGCAGUGGAAUAACAUGCCAAAUGAUAAUAGGAUGAACUUCUUUCAAGGAAAUCAAGCUUUACCUCCUGGUGUUCUUCCGGUCGGUGGUUUCGGUCUACAACAUGGUGGAGGAGGUCCUCAACAUCCUGGUAUUCAACAUGGUGGUAUGCAUCAGCUUGGGAAUGGUGGUCUGCAGCUCGGUGGAGGCGGUGGCCUUCAGUUUGGUGGUGGCCUUCCACACGGUGGCAUGAUGCCACAGCAUGGUGGAGGCAUUCUCCAACAUGUUGGUGGUAUUCCACAGCAUGGCGUUGGCAUCCCUCAGCAUGGCAUCGGUAUCCCCCAGCACGGCAGUGGCAUCCCCCAACCUGGUGGAAAUGCCUGGAAUUGGCAAAACCAUCCACAAAACAACCAAAAUAAUUUCCCGAACAAUCCAAAUUUUGGAAAUGAACAACCUGGCUGGAAUAAUCCAAAUUUUCCUGUAACAGAUCAACAUCACAUUGGUAACCAAGGUAACAAUAACAUGCAAGGAAACUUUGGUAAUGAUGCAUUUAAUCGUGAUCACCAUCGGAAUCAGAAUCAAUCGGAACAAUUUGAUUUCUCGAACAAUAAAAACCAAAUGGCAGGGGAAUCAAAUUGGAAAAAUAAGAACCAGGACAACAAAGAACAAGAUAGAAAUAAUCAGAAUCGUGAAGAUAGUUCUCAAGAUGAUUUUGAUAAUAGAAGAAGUCGUGAUGGAGAAAGUCACCGAAGGAGGAGCCCAGGCAGAGAUCGGAGGAGGUCAAGGUCGAGAAGAGAUGAUAGAGACAGGAGUCCAUCUAGACGUGAUGAUCGUGGACGAAGUCCAUCACGACGAGAAGAUCGAGAUAGGAGUUCAUCUAGAGAAGAUCGAGAUAAAGAACGAAGUAAAGAAAGAAGUCGAAGUCCAUCCAGAAGAGACAGACGGAGAGAUGACAGAGAUUCACCAAGUAGACGUGAAAGACGAAGAAGAGAUGAUCGUGACCGCAGACGAGAUGAUGAGCGUCGGGACAGCGACCGCCGUGACAGCGACCGUCAGAGGGAUUGGAAAAGCAGUAUGAUGAAUGUGAAGCCCACCAAUACAAUCAUGUUAAAAUCGCUUCAUCCUAGCAUCGAUGAAAGAGAUAUUCAAGCAGUUGUACAGCAGUUUGGCCGUCCCGUCCUCGAUGUAAGAUUAGUUCGUAACAAAGAAACAGGUGCCUCCCGCGGAUUUGCCUUCGUGGAGUUUUACCAAGUCGAUGACUCAAACAGAUGGAUGGAAGAAAAUCAGGGGCAUGUCACAAUUGCUGGUUAUCUAGCGCACAUGGCCUACGGAGCGAGUAAAGAGCGGGAAGAUGAUUGGUAUUGUUCACAGUGCGGAACACAGAACUUCAAACGAAGAGAUCAUUGUUUUCACUGUAGCAUCUCCAAGAUUGAAUCGGAGCAAUUCAGCGAAGUCAGUGCCGUGCCUACUAGAGUAAUUAUUUUGAAUGGUCUCGGCCCAACAACAAUGGAGGACAAAGUGUGCACAGCAAUUAACUACAUCUCAGCAGUUAAUCUCACUAACGUGCUAAUAUCAAGGGACACGCAGGGCAACUCGCGAGGCUACUGCUACGUAGAGCUUGUGUCCUUAGAGCACAGUCAACACCUCUACAACACCCUGCAAGCGAUGGAUCCGCCAUUUGCAGUUGAAGAACACCCAGUUUCUGUAUGUUAUGGAAAAGAGGAUUACUUAGAGAGAGCCCAGGGCAGUACCUCAUCAAGCAGCCAGUCAAGCUCAGCUGGUCAGGCAUCAGAAACCUCCCCACAGCAAGAUGCACUGAGUCCACGAAGUCAACGUAGGCAGCGUCGGGGGCCUAGGAAAAACUCAAUGAGUGCAGGAGAGAAAGCAGCAGUUGCACUGGAACAGAUCCAAGCAGCAAGGCAACUUCAGUUACAGCAACAACAUGUGUCUCAACAACUUGUGAGUCAAAUGCAAGAAGGUAGCGGCCAAGUAGAGAAAGAAAAGUCGUCAACAGACACCAGAACCGAUAGAAAACAAGACAAGGCUAGCAAAUCAAAACAGCAGGAAACAGAUGCACAAGAAACGAAAACAGGAAGUUUGGAGCCUGACCUUUCAACUUAUGUGUAUGAUGAAACAUCAGGGUUUUAUUAUGACUCUAGUAGUGGGCUUUAUUAUGAUGCAAAUUCACAGUACUUCUAUAAUGCCACUACCCAACAGUACAUGUAUUGGGAUUCAGAAAAGCAAGCAUACAUACUGGUACCAACAGAGACAAGCAAACCAGAAGAAAAACAGUCUGAACAAAAAAUCCCAGAGGAAAAAGAGAAGGAAAAGGAUAAGAGGAAAACUGAUAAAACCGCUCAAGCUAGGAAGAUUGCAAAAGACAUGGAGCGAUGGGCUAAGAGUAUGAACAAUGCCAAAACAGCGCCCUCUGCUUCCAAGAAGUCGAUAAGUUUCAGCAUCGAUAACGGCGCAGGUGCGGCUGAUGCAGGCUUUGCUAUGCUACAGAAGAAGGGUAAUCCAUUGGAGACGAAGGCAGCAGUGGCAGAGGCUAUAAGCAAGAACGCUGUCCAAAAUAAUGUACUUGUAGCUUAUGGUGGAGGAAGUGACAGUGAGUCAGAAGAAGAAACACAAGCACCUAGGGAGUCAAUUGACAUGGAGAAGUUAGUUGAGUCCCUAACUGACUGGAAUAAGUUGAUAUGUCUAUUAUGCAAGAGGCAGUUCCAGUCCAAGGAUAUUCUAAUCAAGCAUCAAAAUAUCUCUGAUCUUCACAAACAGAACUUAGAAGCCAAGAAAAACUCACUGAUGACCACUAAUGAAAGAGAGGAUUAUGCACAGAGGGAGUUGAAGUAUCGAGAUAGAGCCAAGGAACGUAGGGAUAAAUUUGGUUCCAUACCACCACCUGAACCUCGACGAGGAAAAGGCGCACCUUCAACAUCAAUGCCAGUACCUUAUGAGGAACCUACUGCAGGUGGGAUAAAAUCCGACAACAUUGGUAACCGUCUGCUCCAGAAAAUGGGAUGGAACGAGGGAACCGGACUAGGCAAGCAAAAACAAGGCAUCAAAGAUCCAAUACAGGUUUCUCGGCGUGCAUUGGGGUCUGGUCUUGGUAGUCAAGGCAGUCGAUACCAAAGAGAUGUAACAGGAUCGGACGACUACAAGGCAUCUGUUCAUAAGCUGACAAGGCAACGCUACCAGGAAACAGAAUGAGGCCCACGAUCAUCACAGCUCAACUUGCAAAUCUUAAAUAAAUAAUGUUGGAAUUUGGUCGCAAUAAUUAUUUUUCCUUAAAAUUGUUUGUUGAAUGUGAAUCUAUUGAGAGAUUUUGUGUAGUAAUGAUAUACACUGCCUGUUAUAUUACUAAUAUUUUUACCCGUAGUAUUAAAUAUGUAUCAGGAUAAUAAGCAAGGGUUUAUUUCUGCACACCUUCCUCCCAACCCUAGGCACAUUUUAUAUGAUUAUUAUUUAAAGCAGUAGUACUCAAAAGCUAUACAGGUCUCCUCCAAUUAAAGGCCACUUUUGGGAACAGGGUUUCUGUGGUCUUUAGCAGCUUUGGUCUCUCAUCACAAUAAAAAGAUAAAAGGAAUUUGUUAAUUUGGGACCACAGAAUAGUGAUUUUAAUUAGAGGUGGUCCUGUAAAUGACUUCUGGAUUUUAUAUAAUAUUUCACUUGCACUAACAUCAGUUUUAAGCUUUUAAGUAUACACCAUUAGUGAAGAAAAAUAUGUGACUUAUUUUUGAAUCGCUGUUUUCUAAAGGCCAUAUCUACAUUUCUAGGUGUUAUUUAUAUUACUGUUCCACGUAAAUAGUAGAGUUUUAAAACUAAGAUGGUUUGAUAAGUAUGGAAAACUGAAACAACUAUCUUUACUAGAAGCAAUUUAUAAGGAACUGGCUUCAAUUAUUUCAUUAUGGUAUUUACGGAGGAGCUGCAGUAACUUGUUUUUUUUUAUCCAUGAUUCUGGGUCCAAAUCUUUAUAUUAUCAUUUAUCUUCUGAUGAUAUAAAACAGCAAAGCCUUAUCUUGAGACUUAGUUUAUAGGUUGAAAUAAAUUAGUAAUAAUGAAUAUAAAUAUUUCAUUAUUGUUUACAAAAUCAGGACUAAAUAAUAAAAAAAAAAAGGAAAGGGGACAACUUGAAAUAUUGGUAAUGCUUUCGUUCUUAAUUGUACUAUAAUUAUAAAAAUUUGAAAAAUAAAUUGAUUUUUUUGUAUAUUAA